CGCGGAGUGGGGGGCUGAGCGCAGGCGGCCCGGUGCGGCUGCGGGCGGGGCCCCCGGCGGAGCAAUAUGUUCAAGAGAAUGGCUGAGUUUGGGCCUGACUCCGGCGGCAGAGUAAAGGGUGUUACUAUUGUGAAACCUAUAGUCUAUGGAAAUGUUGCGCGAUACUUUGGAAAGAAAAGAGAGGAAGAUGGUCAUACUCAUCAGUGGACAGUUUACGUGAAGCCUUACAGAAAUGAGGAUAUGUCUGCUUAUGUGAAGAAAAUUCAAUUCAAGUUACAUGAAAGCUAUGGGAAUCCUUUAAGAGUUGUUACCAAACCGCCAUAUGAAAUUACUGAAACAGGUUGGGGGGAAUUUGAAAUCAUCAUUAAGAUAUUUUUUAUUGAUCCCAAUGAAAGGCCUGUAACUUUGUAUCAUUUGCUGAAGCUGUUUCAAUCUGAUACCAAUGCAAUACUGGGGAAGAAAACUGUGGUUUCUGAAUUUUAUGAUGAAAUGAUAUUUCAAGAUCCUACUGCUAUGAUGCAGCAACUGUUGACAACCUCUCGUCAGCUGACACUAGGAGCUUACAAACAUGAGACUGAGUUUGCAGAUCUUGAAGUUAAAACCAGAGAAAAGCUGGAAGCUGCCAAAAAGAAAACCAGUUUUGAAAUAGCUGAGCUUAAAGAGAGAUUAAAAGCAAGCCGUGAAACUAUCAACUGUUUGAAGAACGAAAUUAGGAAACUUGAAGAAGAUGAUCAGUCUAAAGAUAUCUAACAAGCAUCAACUUGAUAAAGACAUUACACUGAAACUUAAGGGACUUUGAUUCUGGAAUCACAUUAACACUUUCUCUCUCUCUUUUGUGGAGGGAACUACAUACAGUUUCAUUAAUGAAUUUCAUUUGAAAAAUGUGGGAUUUAGCUUUAUACAUGAGCAAAUAAAAUUACACUUUUGUAGCUUAAAA